AUGUCCGACAAAGAACAAACAAGUGGAAACACUGACUUGGAAAACACUCUACACCCACAAGACACAGACAACAUCCCAACUCACAACUACUCUCAGGAUUCUCUGGGCAAGAUUUACACCGGCGGUGAUAAUAACCAAUACAUUUACAUUGGUCGUCAAAAAUUCUUGAGAUCUGAUCUUUAUGACGCCUUCGGUGGUACUUUACAACCAGGUUUAGCACCUGCUUCUACUCACAAGUUCGGUAAUCCUGCUCCUUUGGGUCUAUCAGCUUUCGCCCUAACUACUUUUGUCCUUUCCAUGUUUAAUGCCAGAGCUCAAGGUAUUGUGACACCAAAUGUCGUCGUUGGUUUGGCCAUGUUUUAUGGUGGUCUCACACAAUUAAUCGCCGGUAUUUGGGAAAUCGCCUUGGAAAACACUUUUGGUGGUACAGCAUUAUGUUCAUAUGGUGGAUUCUGGUUAAGUUUUGGUGCUAUUUAUAUCCCAUGGUUCGGUAUCUUAGACGCUUACAAGGAAAAGGAAAGUGACUUGUCUAAUGCCCUUGGAUUUUAUCUAUUAGGUUGGUGUAUCUUUACAUUUGGUUUAACCAUUUGUACUUUGAAAUCAACUGUCGCCUUCUUUGCCCUAUUCUUCCUAUUAGCAAUCACUUUCCUACUACUAUGUAUUGGUGAAUUCACUCAUAAGGUUGGUGUAACAAGAGCAGGUGGUGUAUUGGGGGUCAUAGUCGCUUUCAUUGCAUGGUAUAAUGCAUAUGCGGGUGUGGCUACAAAGGAAAACUCUUAUCUAGUGGCACAUCCUUUCCCAUUACCAACAAACGAAAGAACCUUCUUAUAA